AUGCAACGAAUUAAAGAGAGUGCUCCAGUUAUUACUGCAGCUAUUGGCGAAGAGAUUGAAUUACGAUGUCCUGCAACUGGUGCACCUGGUGUAUACGGUGAAGUGAAGUGGGAAAAAGUUAACGGUGAAUUACCAUAUGCUUAUUCAAUUCGGCAAGGUAUUCUACACCUGAAAGAUACUAAACGAACGGAUGAAGGAAUUUAUCGAUGUAUCAUACGAACUGAUUCCGGUUUAGCAACCGUUACACAUGUUCACUUAAAAGUCUCCGAUUUUGUGCCAUUAUUUGGUGGAGACGAUUAUUUGGAAUUAAAACCAUUGACGGAUGAGCAAUGGAGUGAUAUUAAUGUGAAAAUUUCAUUCAAACCUAAAUCACCUAAUGGUUUGCUAUUAUAUACAGCACGACAAAAUGCGAGGAAUCCGGAAGAAAUAAUUAAUUAUUUGAGUGUUGGAUUAAAAAAUGGUCAUGUAAUCUAUCGAUAUAAUGUUGGUGCCGGACCAGCUGAAUUAAUGAGUACUUAUCCAGUGGUAAUGGAUGAAUGGCAUAAAAUUGAAUUAGUUAAUCAACCAAGUCAAGCUACAUUACUUGUUGAUGAAGAUGAUAUAAUUGAACAGGAUAAUUACUACUUUAAUACUGGUGAAGGUAUAUCAAAUAUUAUAAGUGUUGGUGGUACCAAAGAUAAAAAAAUAUUCGAACGUACAAUGUUUGAACAACCAUUUAUUGGAACAAUUACAUCACUAAUAAUAUCUGAUGAAACAAUUAAUUUUGGUGAAAAUGCAAUUGCAAAAUCAGCAAAUAUACAAAAGGAUGCGGCGUGUUCAUUAGGAUUAUGUCAACAUAAUUCAAUUUGUAUACCAACAAAUAUUCACAAUGGUUUUAUAUGUGAUUGUUCAAAUGUCAAAGGUUAUGAAGGUGAAUUCUGCGAGCGCAAAAUUUUAAAAUGCAAUCACGUUACCUGUGGAAGUGGAACAUGUGAGUAUCGAAUGGAUGGUACACAAUUUUGCAAUUGUCCAACUGGACGAUACGGUGACCGUUGUCAACUGCUCGAGACUGAUAAUAUUAUUGAAUCGGUUGAAUUUAAUGGUGAAACCUCAUACAUUGUAUUACCAAAAUCAAAAACACUUCGUAAUUUUAGUUUAAAAAUGGAAAUUGUGCCGCGCUCAACGAACGACCAAUUAUUAGCAUACCAAGCAAGUGAUUAUAAUCCAAAACGAUCCAAUUAUUUAGCAUUUGCAAUACGUCGCGGAAAAUUUGUUUACUUUUACAGCAGUGCAGAUGGUAAUAUAGAAAUUGAAUCACCGGAUGAUGUAAUGAUAAAUGUACCGUAUCAUAUUGACCUGAAACGGUUUGGUAACCGAGCUGAGGUACGAAUAAAUGGCACAAAAGUACCGACUCGUGGCAAACUUUCAACAUUUUUGCCAGGCACAAAUUUAUUUAUUGGUGGUAUACCAUCAGGAAUUACAGUAAAUCCUAGAAUUGGUGGUGCUGCAUCAUUUAGAGGAUGUAUUUCAAAGAUUGUUUUAAAUGGAAUGGAUAUCAAUUUGACUCAAAUACUGAAAAAAUCAUCACAUGAUGUAACAAUAUGUAAACCGUAUACGACUGAAGAAGACGUAGACAUUCACGUGCCAUUCGUUUGGACUACGUCAAUACCAACGACACGUACAACAAUACGUAUUACAACGUCAAAGUAUUCACAAAUGAAACCAAUCGAAAGCACUGAUGAAAUUAAAGUAACAGAUGCAAUGAUAACAGAACCAGAAGAAAUCAGAGUAACAGAUGCAGUGAUAACAGAAUCAUGCACUGAUAAUGAUAAUUGUUCAGUUCGAUGUACGCCAGAUAUAUGUGGCGAUCAUGGUGACUGUGAAAUAAUUAAUGGAACUCAUAUUGCAUGUUCCUGUCGUGAUUAUUAUGAUGGUCCAAACUGUGAAAUUUUUAAACCAAUUGAACAUGCAGCAAAAUUUGAUGGUAAAGCAUUUAUUGUAUUUUCCAUCGAUGAUUUUCCACAUUUAACUUCAGAGCAUGAAGAAAGUUUAAGUUUACGAUUUAAAACAUCUGCAUCAUCUGGGCUGAUUUUUUGGCAAGGUCAACCAUUUGGCACACCUUUAAAAGGUGAUGAUUAUUUAUCGAUUGGCUUAAGUGAUGGUCAUUUGGUCUUCUCAUAUGAGCUUGGUGGUGGCGCAUCACAUUUGAUUAGUGCUGAAGUGGUUAAUGAUGACAAGGAGCAUCAGUUACAAGUUUGGCGCAAAGGUCGCGAAGGAAAAUUGAUCAUCGAUGAUGGAGCGCCAAUUAUAGGCUCAUCAUUUGGCAUUGUUGCUAUGCUUAAUGUUGAUGGCGAUGUUUAUAUUGGUGGUGUGCCGGAUUUAAAUAGUAUGACCGGUGGUUUGCAUGAGGAAAAUUUUAUUGGUUGUAUUGGUGAUAUAAUAUUUAAUGGUAUUAAAAUGGAUUUAAUGGCAAAUGCAAUUGAUGGACGGAAUGUAAAACCGUGUGAUCAAUGGAUGAUCAAGAAGAAAUGGUUACGGAAUGGAAAAUAUCAAUAA